AUUUUAUCUUCUGACCAUUUUUUCCAUCUUUUCACAUAGGACAUUUUAGAACCCUACGGUUCUCGUCUCUUACAAGAAUUUUGUUACGCUUCGGAGAGGAAUCUUCGAUCAUCUUUUGCUGAGUUUUACAGUAAAAACAAAAAUGGAUGGAUCAAGGCAUCCGUCGGUGUUUCAGAAGCUUCAUGGACAAUCAACCUUGAUAAAUAGACUUUCUCCGAGCGUGCAAACUUAUAGUUACGGCGUCUCUGGUGCUUAUGUUAAUGGAGGUCUGCAGAGUCUAUUACAGUCAAGUAAUCAUGGCAUUGGCUCUUCUCUUCUACCACAUGGUUCGUUGCCUGUAUUUGCUCAAGCCCCUAGCGAGAAAACCGGUACUGGUUUCUUGAUCGAUUUCCUUAUGGGAGGAGUCUCAGCUGCUGUUUCAAAGACGGCAGCAGCGCCGAUUGAGCGUGUGAAGCUCUUGAUUCAGAACCAAGAUGAAAUGAUCAAAGCAGGACGUCUCUCUGAACCAUACAAAGGAAUCACUGAUUGUUUUGGCCGAACAGUCAAAGACGAAGGCAUGAUUGCACUUUGGAGAGGCAACACUGCCAAUGUUAUCAGAUACUUCCCCACGCAGGCGUUGAACUUUGCGUUCAAAGAUUACUUUAAGAGGCUGUUCAACUUCAAGAAAGACAAAGAUGGAUAUUGGAAGUGGUUUGCAGGGAACUUGGCGUCUGGUGGUGCAGCUGGUGCCUCGUCUCUGCUUUUUGUCUACUCUUUGGAUUACGCUCGUACCCGUUUGGCCAACGAUGCCAAAGCGGCCAAGAAAGGUGGCCAGAGGCAGUUUAAUGGCAUAGUUGACGUUUACAAGAAGACCAUAGCUUCUGAUGGCAUUGUUGGGCUGUACCGUGGUUUCAACAUCUCAUGUGUUGGAAUUAUCGUGUACCGUGGACUCUACUUUGGAUUGUAUGACUCAUUGAAGCCUGUGGUUCUAGUCGAUGGUCUCCAGGAUAACUUCUUUGCGAGUUUCUUGUUGGGGUGGGGAAUCACCAUUGGAGCUGGGCUAGCAUCUUACCCGAUCGACACGGUGCGUAGAAGAAUGAUGAUGACAUCAGGUGAAGCAGUGAAGUACAAGAGUUCUCUUCAGGCAUUUUCUCAGAUCGUUAAGAAGGAAGGGGCCAAGUCACUUUUCAAGGGUGCAGGUGCCAACAUCCUCCGUGCAGUCGCAGGCGCUGGUGUGCUCGCUGGCUAUGACAAGCUCCAGCUCAUUGUGUUGGGCAAGACCUAUGGCUCUGGUAGUGGCUAAACAACGAUAAUAGAAAGAAAAGUCCUUGAGCUCUAUGGGUGAAUAAAUCUCUCUGCCUUCGUACAAAUGUUGCUAUUAGAAUAUCGAGUGUACUCUGUGUGAAGUUGUGGCUUUUGUCUUAGUUAUGUGACAUUUUUCAGACAAAAAAAUGAUCACUGGAUAAAUAAUGUUAGUUUGUGUU